AAAAAGUCCGCUCUCGACUGGAUCAAAGAUCACACCAACAAUGCCUCCUCUCUCUCCUUCCUUCCUUUCUCUCUCUUAUAUAAUAAAUCUCUAGAGAGAGAAAGUUCCGCCUUUAUUUCCAUCUAUAUCCCGUCUCUUCCUUCUACUUCUCUGCUCCCCGAUAUUCUCUCUCCUCCGUUGAUUUCCCUCUUCGCAUCAUCGCCGCCGACACCUGUAGGAUCAGUAUUUUUUUUUAAAUAAAAAAAAAAGCUGAGGGAAUAUAGGGGAGAGGGGUUUUUGUUUUCGUAAUUAAAGAAUUAGGGUUUUUGAUUGUUAUAGAGAGAAAGAGAAAAAGUUCAGGGUUUGCUUUAUUAUGGAGCCGCGCGUUGGUAACAAAUUUCGUAUCGGUCGCAAGAUCGGUAGUGGAUCAUUUGGAGAGAUCUAUCUCGGUACUAAUAUUCAAACAAACGAGGAAGUUGCCAUUAAGCUCGAAACUGUGAAGACAAAGCAUCCUCAGUUGCUGUAUGAGUCAAAGUUAUAUAAGAUUCUGCAAGGAGGAACUGGAAUUCCAAAUGUUAGAUGGUUUGGUGUUGAAGGGGAAUAUAAUAUCCUCGUGAUGGAUUUACUGGGACCUAGUCUUGAAGAUUUGUUCAACUUUUGUAGUAGGAAACUGUCUCUGAAGACUGUUCUGAUGCUUGCAGACCAGAUGAUUAAUCGGGUUGAAUUUGUUCAUUCCAAAUCAUUCCUCCAUCGAGAUAUCAAGCCAGACAACUUCUUAAUGGGUUUAGGGAGGCGUGCCAAUCAGGUCUAUAUCAUUGACUUUGGUCUGGCUAAGAAGUACAGAGACACUUCAACGCAUCAGCAUAUUCCUUACAGAGAAAAUAAGAAUUUGACUGGAACUGCAAGAUAUGCUAGCAUGAAUACUCAUCUUGGCAUUGAACAAAGUCGCAGGGAUGAUUUAGAAUCUCUUGGAUAUGUUCUGAUGUAUUUUUUAAGAGGAAGUCUUCCAUGGCAAGGACUAAAAGCGGGGACCAAGAAGCAAAAGUAUGAAAAGAUCAGUGAAAAGAAAGUAUCAACUUCUAUUGAGGCUUUAUGUCGGACUUAUCCCACAGAAUUUGCAUCCUACUUCCAUUACUGUCGGUCACUCCGUUUUGAUGACAAGCCAGAUUAUGCUUACCUGAAAAGGCUUUUCCGUGAUCUUUUUAUUCGUGAAGGUUUCCAGUUUGACUAUGUCUUUGAUUGGACAAUUUUGAAAUAUCAGCAAUCCCAGAUUGCUAAUCCUCCUACUCGUGCACUUGGCCCUGGUGCUGGACCAAGCUCUGGCGUGCCCCCUACUGGUGCUAAUGUUGACAGGCAACCAGGUGGGGAAGAUGGUCGACCCGGUUGGUCUUCAACAGAUCCCUCCCGAAGGAGACACUCUGGACCAAUUACAAGUUCUGUAAAUUUAUCUAAACAGAAAGGUCCUAUUGCAAAUGAUCUACCCUUAUCCAAAGACGCUACAUUAUCCAUCUCAAAUUUUCCACCGACUAGUGGAUCAUCAAGGAGACCUGCCAUUUCUAGCAGUCGUGAUGCAGCACUUGUUGGGAAUGAGUCUGAUCCAACUCGCUGUCGCAUAACAGAUAUGAGCCCUGCAGUCAAAAUUUCUGGUGGUCAAAGAGGUUCGCCUAUUGUAUCGUCAGAGCAGAAGCUUCCAUCAUCUGGUAGAAACUCCUCAAAUAUAAAGACAUUUGAAUCAACUCUUCGGGGCAUUGAGAGCCUGCACUUCAACAAUGAAGAGAGGAUACAGUAUUAGCGAAUGCAAACCUUAGUGCUUUCCCACUGUAAAUUUACAAUCAGAUACUUAUUGUUACAUACCUGAAAGUGGAAUCUGUUGUUAUGCGUCCACUAUGUCGUUGCUAGUUGUCUGUUAUCUAAUUUGAUACUCUUUUUGGUAUAUCAGCGAACAAUACAGUUGAAAUGGCACCUCGUGAAAUAUGUAUAGCAACACUUUGCGAGUAUUUGAAAUAGUUACAAAUUUAUAAAAGAACAUUAGAACUUA